AGCCCACCCCAGCGAGGAGUAAAGCUAGUUGACACCGGAUGUGUUUCCUCCCAAGCGAAGUCCACCUUCCGGCUUGGGCCGCCGCUGCUGCGGGAAGCUGAGCUCUGGCUCUCUGAGUCGAUUGUGACCAUGGCUGCUGAAUCUGAUGUUCUGCACUUCCAGUUUGAACAGCAAGGGGAUGUAGUCUUGCAGAAAAUGAAUCUCUUGAGACAGCAGAAUUUAUUUUGUGAUGUGUCCAUUUAUAUAAAUGACACCGAAUUCCAGGGCCACAAGGUGAUUUUAGCUGCUUGCUCCACUUUCAUGAGAGAUCAGUUUUUACUCACGCAGUCAAAACAUGUCAGAAUCACCAUCCUGCAGAGUGCAGAAGUUGGCAGAAAACUGUUGCUCUCUUGCUAUACUGGAGCACUUGAAGUUAAAAGGAAAGAGCUUUUGAAAUAUUUGACUGCUGCUAGUUACCUGCAGAUGGUUCACAUUGUGGAAAAGUGCACAGAAGCUUUGUCAAAGUAUCUGGAAAUUGAUCUUUCUAUGAAAAAUAAUCAACAUACUGACCUGUGUCAAUCCUCUGAUCUGGAUGUUAAGAAUGAAGAAGAAAACUCAGAUAAAGACUGUGAGAUUAUAGAAAUUUCAGAGGAUAGUCCUAUAAACAUAGAUUUUCAUGUAAAAGAAGAGGAAAGCAAUGUUUUGCAGUCUACAGUGGAGCUGACAUCAGAGAGAAAGGAAGUGAAGUCACCAGAACUAUCUUCAGUAGACAUUGGUUUUAAAGAUAAUGAAAUUUGUAUCCUCCACGUGGAAUCUAUUAGUACUGCCAGUGUAGAAAAUGGGCAGUUUUCACAGCCUUGUACCUCUUCAAAAGCAAGCAUGUAUUUCUCUGAAACACAGCAUUCACUGAUCAAUUCUACGGUUGAGAGCAGAGUGGCAGAAGUUCCUGGGAAUCAAGAUCAGAGCGUAUUUUGUGAGAAUACUGAAGGAAAUCAUGGUACAGUGAGUGAGAUUCAGAAUCUGGAGGAUGCUUAUUCACUGAGGCACCAGUGCCCCAGGUGUCCUCGAGGAUUUCUUCACGUUGAAAACUAUCUGCGCCACCUGAAGAUGCACAAGCUCUUCUUGUGCCUACAGUGCGGGAAAACAUUUACGCAGAAGAAAAAUCUCAACCGGCAUAUUCGAGGGCACAUGGGCAUACGGCCCUUUCAGUGUACUGUGUGCUUGAAGACAUUUACUGCUAAAAGCACACUUCAGGACCACUUGAAUAUACACAGUGGAGAUCGCCCAUACAAAUGCCACUGUUGUGACAUGGAUUUCAAGCACAAAUCUGCCCUCAAAAAGCACUUAACCUCUGUGCAUGGCAGAAGCAGUGGUGAAAAACUACCCAGGCAUGAUCUCAAAAGGCAAAAUCUGCUGUAAUUAGAACCACACCUUGCUAUAUAAGCCUUAUAUCAUAGUUAGGCAAGUUUUUCCACAGAAACGCAGCAUAUGUUAUAUUGCAUCCCCUGCGCCGCCCCCCCAUCUGUGGGUCUUAAUUUUGGUCUGCCUACACAUGUUACUCUUUCUGAACUUCUACUAGCAGUUCCAAAGUGUGGGAGACAUGAUAAAGCUAAUGGGAUGCUGUCUUAUCUCGUACAGUAUAUGUAAGUCGCAGUGGUGUAUCUAGAGAAAUAAUGUUUCACUCUUAAAUAUUCCUGAUUCUAGUGACAGAGAAUCCAGCAGUAUUUCUAAAUUCUGAUUUUGACUUUCUAGAUAAAUGAUGUACAUGUAAAAUCCCAACCACAUAAUAAUUUUAAUCAAUUAGGUUAAUAG